GAGGAGUGGCCCCAUGAUAAACCCGCACAUUGUGGAGCUGCUCGCCGAGCUGACGGACGUGAUCAUGGGCAGCACUCUGGUUAAAUGCGCCGCCACCGACCUGGGCAUCCAGUGGGCCGGCUGGGCUCUGGCUGCCACUCUCAAGACCGAGAAGUUCUAUGAUUUAGCAGGCUCCGGCACAUUUAUACUACUUGCGCACCUGAGUCGUAUGUGGGGAGGAGCCAGUCACAUCCGUCAGAAGGUGCAGACCGGUUUGGUGACAGCGUGGGGGCUCAGGCUGGGGACAUUCCUCUUCAUGCGGAUCUUGAAGGACGGUCAUGAUCGCAGGUUCAACAAUGUCAGAGACAGCCCAGGGACUUUCUUUGUGUAUUGGACUAUUCAAGCCGUGUGGAUAUUUAUGACCCUCCUGCCAACCCUCAUGUUGAAUAGUGAGAGGCGAGAUGUGCCUUUGGGAACGAGGGACUACAUUGGCUGGUCUGUUUGGGGCCUCGGCUUCGCUGCUGAGGCUAUUGCUGACCAGCAGAAAUGGCUUUUCAAGCGUGACCCAGAAAACGCUGGGAAGUUCAUACAGAGUGGACUGUGGGCCUACAGCAGACAUCCAAACUAUUUUGGAGAGAUCCUGCAGUGGUCGGGUCUCUGGCUCUCAGCCUCAUCGGUGAUGGAGGGUCCACAGUACCUGAGCGUGGUGUCACCUCUGUUCGUCUGGUUCCUGCUGCGAUUCGUCAGCGGCAUCCCCAUCCUGGAGAAGCAGGCCAUGAAGAAGUGGGGAUCUGAGCCAGCCUUCCAAGAAUACAUCAAGAACACUCCUCUUCUCUGGCCAUGGCCUAAAUUUUGAUGUUACUUGUUUGUUAUAAUGCUUGAACAUGAAUUGCCUCAAAACUGAAGACGCUACACAUUUUCAAGUCGUUGAGUGUUCUGAGCAAAACUUUUUGAAAUGGGUUGCAAUGUACUUUUACUGUCACUUUAUCGUUAUUCUGUAAAAUUGUUUGACUUUUUCACACCAGAUCUUUAUACAUAAACUUUGUGUGGUGUCUCAUGAUUAA